AUGGAAGGAAGCCCGUCCCUGAGGCGCAUGACGGUGAUGCGGGAGAAGGGCCGGCGACAGGCCGCCCGAGGUCCGGCCUUCAUGUUCAAUGACCGGGGCAUGAGCCUCACAGCAGAGGAGGAGCGCUUCCUGGACGCUGCCGAGUACGGCAACAUCCCCGUGGUGCGCAAGAUGCUGGAGGAGUCCAAGAAGCUCAACGUCAACUGCGUGGACUACAUGGGCCAGAACGCGCUGCAGCUGGCCGUGGGCAAUGAGCACCUGGAGGUGACCGAGCUCCUGCUCAAAAAGGAGAACCUGGCGCGCAUCGGCGACGCCCUGCUGCUGGCCAUCAGUAAGGGCUAAGUGCGCAUCGUGGAGGCCAUCCUCAACCACCCGGGCUUCGCGGCCAGCAAGCGCCUAACCCUGAGCCCCUGUGAGCAGGACCUGCAGGACGACGACUUCUACGGCUACGACGAGGACGGUACGCGCUUCUCGCCCUGCAUCACCCCAAUCAUCCUGGCUGCGCACUGCCAGAAGUACGAGGUGGUACACAUGCUGCUGCUGAAGGGCGCCAGGAUCGAGCGCCCGCACGACUAUUUCUGCAAAUGCGGGGACUGCACGGAGAAACAGAGACACGACUCCUUCAGCCACUCCCGCUCCAGGAUCAACGCCUACAAGGGGCUAGCCAGCCCUGCUUACCUGUCCUUGUCCAGCGAGGACCAGGUGCUCAACGCCCUGGAGCUCAGCAACGAACUGGCCAAACUGGCCAACAUAGAGAAGGAGUUCAAGAAUGACUACAGGAAGCUCUCCAUGCAAUGCAAAGGCUUUGUUGUGGGUGUACUCGAUCUGUGCCAGGACUCAGAGGAGGUGGAAGCCAUUCUGAAUGGAGAUCUAGAAUCCAUGGAGCCUCUGGAGGUGCACAGGCAUAAAGCUUCAUUGAGUCACAUCAAACUUGCUAUUAAGUAUGAAGUCAAAAAGUUUGUAGCUCACCCCAACUGCCAGCAGCAGCUUUUGACCAUCUGGUAUGAGAACCUCUCAGGACUGCAGGAACAGACUACAGCCAUCAAGUGUCUGGUUGUGCUGGUGGUGGUGGGUCUUCCAUUCCUCACCAUCGGCUACUGGAUUGCACCUUACUGGCUCCUGGGGAAAAUUCUGCAAAGCCCUUUUAUGAAGUUUGUGGCACACACUGCUUCUUUCAUCAUCUUCCUGGGCUUGCUUGUGUUCAAUGCCUCAGACAGGUUUGAAGGCAUCGCCACACUGCCAAAUAUCACUGUCAUUGACUACCCCAAACAGAUCUUCAGGGUGAAAACUACCCAGUUCACAUGGACUGAAAUGCUAAUUAUGGUCUGGGUUCUUGGUAAAGAUAAAUGGCUCCCUUCUGACCCUCAGAUCAUAUUUGAAGCCUUUAUGGCCAUCGCUGUUGUGCUCAGCUUCUCUCGGAUCACGUACAUCCUCCCUGCCAAUGAGAGCUUCAGCCCUUUGCAAGAUCUCUCUGGGAAGGACUGUGAAGACAAUUCAAGUUCAUGGUCUCUUUCAUAUAUGGUUUUCUGGCCUUUAUUGAUGGCCAAUGUUCAUACUUAUUCUUACUACCUUGGGGCCAAAAGUCAAUUCCUGCUUUACCACAUAAAAGAAAGUUUCAAGACUUUGUUUUCAUCAAUAUUUGGGUUGUCUGAAGUGACUUCCAUUGUGCUCAAAUAUGAUCACAAAUUCAUAGAGAACAUGAAUAUGGUUUAG